CUUAACUGCAAUAUUGGAUCUGCUUUCCCAAAUCUUAUUACUAUUGGGUUUAUUAAUCUAUUAAUUUUACCAAUUUUUUUUUUUAGUAAAGUUUUAAUCUUUCUGCGAUUUCUAACAAAUCCAACCUUCCCUUUCCCAAAAUCUCCAUCAAAACAUGUCGACGAGGAAGCUUUCAUACACAAACCCAAAACCCUGCAACCACCUCUCAGCUUACAAGCUCAAACAUGGCUGCAACGGCUACAAAUCCCUCCAGAAAUCCCUCAAAUCCGCCCCGAACGGAAGAACAAGCGUUCGGAUUCACGAAACAAAGAUACCCAGAUGCAGUUUCUGUAAUGGGUUCGAAGGUAGACUCUAUAUUUGCUUGAUUUGCUCUUCGGUUUCGUGUUUGAAUCACGCAGUUAUGCAUACCCAGCUGGAAAUCGGCCACGAGUUAGCCGUCGAUGUCGAAAGGGCCGAGCUUUUUUGCUGUGCGUGCACCGAUCAGGUCUACGAUCCCGAUUUCGAUAAGUCUGUCAUGGCUAAGCGCAUGCUGGACUUGCCUUGCAGCACAAACAAUGCGGAUAGUAUAGGGGAGAGACUGUGUGAGAGGAAGAGGCUGGGGGGUUCGGGUGUCGAAUUAUCAGAGUUUAAAAAGCCGGAAAAAUCGUGUUUGGUGAGGGAUCACAGAGCGAAAUCGUGUUAUCCGUUGGGUUUGAGGGGGUUGAAUAAUUUGGGGAAUACUUGCUUUAUGAACUCUGUGUUGCAAGCACUGCUACAUGCGCCUCCUUUGAGGAAUUACUUCUUGAGUGAUCGGCAUAGCAGGAGAACGUGCCGGAAAAGGAUGGCAAACCUGCUUUGUUUGCCUUGUGAGCUUCGCGGUGUUUAUUCGGCUGUGUAUUCGGGCGAUCAGACUCCUUACAGCCCGGCUGGAUUGCUUUACAGUUGGUGGCAACAUUCGGAGAAUCUGGCAAGUUACGAGCAGCAGGAUGCUCAUGAGUUCUUCAUUUCCGUGUUGGAUGGGAUCCAUGAGAAAGAAACCAAAGCAAGAAACCAUACAAAAGAUAGUGGAGACUGCCAGUGUAUUGCGCAUAGGGUAUUCUCAGGACUGUUGAGGUCGGAUGUCACUUGUAUGACUUGUGGAUUCACCUCGACAACUUAUGACCCGUGUUUGGACAUAUCACUCAACUUAGACACAAGCCACUGUUCUUGGUCAGAUGCAUCUAACAAGCCUGCCAAAGCGAAUGGCAGCAGCAGUUCAUCCACUCUUUUGGGUUGUUUAGACUUGUUUACAAAACCAGAAAAGUUGGGGUCAGACCAGAAACUGUACUGUCAGAACUGUCAAGAACUCCGAGACUCUUCGAAGCAAAUGUCCAUCAGAAAGCUUCCAAUGGUGUUGUGUUUGCAUAUAAAACGGUUUGAGCACUCCCUGGUCAGAAAGAUGAUGAGGAAAAUCGACAGCUAUUUGCAUUUUCCAUUCUCGCUAGACAUGACUCCCUAUCUGUCUUCUUCGAUUGUGAGGAACAGGUUUGGAAAUAGAAUCUUUGCUUUCGAGGGGGAUGAGUCUGGGAUGUCUGCUGAGUUUGAGAUUUUUGCAGUAAUUACUCAUUCUGGGACACUAGAUUCCGGCCAUUAUGUGACGUAUUUACGCAUACAAGACCAAUGGUACAAAUGUGACAAUGCUUGGAUUAAUGAGGUUGACGAGGGGUUUGUAAGAGCUUCACAGUGUUAUAUGAUGUUCUAUGUGCACAAGACGCUUUACUAUAAAGCAAACAUAGAUUUGCGUCACUUGCUGGUUUCCACACAGAAGGAGGCAUUUCAGAGGAUGGCUGGUUGAUGGUAAUAGAAAUGUUCCAAUAUACAAUCGAGGCAGGGUAUGCAGUUGUGAACCCAGUGAGGAGACUCCGUCUGCCGAAGCAACCUCGUCAUCAGAUCCCUUCGACCUAAGGAGAGCACACGAUCACGUGUUGGAUGGUCGCUGAAAGGCAUCAUCAAAUUGCAGAUUUCUAAAGAUGACCAUGGUUUGAAGCAGAGAUACAUAAAUACAAACUCCAUAUCUACUGGUAGUGAUAUGUUACUGGGUAUUUUGUGAGUGGAUUUUGGGAAAACUGAUGGGACCAAUUUGAAAAAUUUGUUCAUGUUGGGUUUUUUUACAAGAUUUUCUUGCUCAACAUUCUUUUGACUGCAGGGUCAGUCAUGUACAUAACUGAACUGAUAUUUGGAACUAAUAUUUAUUUUUUGGAGUCCCACUAA